GAGUCAAUAACUAAGAACGUAAUCUGUUCGAAUAAAUCUUAAGAAAUGGCAGUAAUUAAAUCAAUCAAAGCUCGUGAAAUAUUGGACUCAAGAGGUAACCCCACUGUUGAGGUUGACUUGGAAACAGCUGAUGGACUUUUUCGAGCCGCUGUUCCUAGCGGAGCAAGCACCGGAAUUUAUGAGGCCGUUGAACUACGUGAUAAAGAUAAAUCGCGUUAUUUAGGCAAAGGUGUCCUCAAGGCGUGUAGCAAUGUUAAUGACAUUAUAGCUCCAGCUCUUAUCGGUAAAGAUGUUACGCACCAAAAAGAAAUUGAUCUGUUGCUUGUUGAAACGCUUGAUGGUACUAAAAAUGAGUGGGGAUGGAGUAAGUCUAAGCUUGGAGCUAAUGCUAUUUUGGCUGUCUCAAUGGCUGUAUGUCGCGCUGGAGCCGCAGCUAAAAGGUUGCCUUUGUACAAGUAUAUUGCAACAUUAAACGGAACACCAAUGGAGAAGUUGAUAAUGCCUGUUCCAGCUUUCAAUGUUAUUAAUGGUGGUAGCCAUGCGGGUAACAAACUUCCAAUGCAAGAAUUCAUGAUUCUUCCUGUUGGCGCGAAAUCCUUUCGCGAAGCGUUACAAAUCGGUGCUGAGGUAUAUCACUCACUAAAACUUGUCAUCAAGAAGAAGUACGGUUUAGAUGCAACGAACGUUGGUGAUGAAGGUGGUUUCGCUCCUAAUAUAUCAAGUGACUUUGAGGCUCUGGACAUUCUUGUUGAAGCUAUUGAAGCUGCAAAUCAUACAGGCAAAGUAAAAAUUGGAAUGGAUGUUGCUGCAUCUGAGUUUUUCCAAAAAGUAAAUGGAAAAGAAGUUUACAAUUUAGAUUUCAAAUCAGAAAAGAGUUCGAGAAUCGUAUCAGGAGACGAAUUAACUAAAAUAUACAAACAAUUCUGUGAAAAAUACCCUAUGGUUUCUAUUGAAGAUCCAUUUGAUCAAGAUGAUUGGGUUCAUUAUCAAAAAAUGACAGAAACGUUGGGUAAAUCUAUUCAAAUCGUUGGAGAUGAUUUGCUUGUCACCAACUGUGAAAGGAUUCGAAAAGCUCAAAAUGUUAAAGCAUGCAAUGCUCUUUUGCUGAAAGUUAAUCAAAUUGGUUCUGUUUCUGAAGCUAUAUCAGCGGCUCAAAUGUCACGCAAAAAUGGUUGGGGCGUUAUGGUAUCGCAUCGAUCGGGUGAAACCGAAGACACCUUUAUUGCUGAUUUAGUUGUCGGAUUAGGAUGUGGUCAAAUUAAAACAGGCGCUCCCUGUAGAUCUGAACGACUUGCCAAGUAUAACCAACUUCUUCGUAUUGAAGAAGAAUUGGCAUCGUCCUCUAAGUUCGCCGGUGUCAACUUCCGUAAUCCGUAAAUGCUAAAUUUGCGAUAUAAAAAGCAAUAAUACUUAUUACAUUGUCAAAAAACUAAUAUGUUGUACCCUUAAUUUUUUAUUUAAAAUUUUUAUUUAUUAUGGUUUUAAAUAUAAUUUUAGUGUAAGGUUAAAUAUUAAACGGAUUGUUGAUCCGAAAUUUAUUACAUUAUAACGAUCCUCUUUAAAAAAAAAACGCAAAAUCAAGAAAAUUAUAUUUAAGUUUAUAGCUAACAUUGAGUUUGUCGAAUAAAAAAAAAGAGUUGUAAA